AUGUUGCACUGCUCCGUCUACUUUAUCCAGAAUACUAAUGGAAACACGACGCUCCGUAAGAUCUCUCUGAAUCAGCUCAUUCCUCCUGAAGUCAACAUGACUAGCUAUUACCGGUAUGACGGCUCUCUAACCACACCGGGCUGCACGGAGGCUGUGGUGUGGACGGUGUUUGAAAACCCCAUUCCCCUCGACAGAGAACAGCUCCGGGCUUUUUCCACCCUGAAGUUCAACGAUGGGAACCCGAUGGUGGGAACGUUCAGACCCGUUCAGCCUCGUAACAGACGCGUGGUUUACCGGUCCAGCGGCGCAGCGGUCGCCGCCAGCGCCGUCCUGAUUCUGGCCUCCAUCAGCGCAGCGCUCGGCCUGUCCCGUCCGCACUAGAGCGAGACCGACCCGCUACCGGCACACAACCAACACAAUGAGUUCUCAGCCAAUCAACAGACCAACAGAAGAAAACCACAAACAAGCCGUUUCUACAGGACACUAGAGUAGUUAGUGUAGAAUCUGACCAGUAGACGUGUGUUCAUAGCUAUCAAGAGGAGCUGGACUAAAGCCGUUCUGACUUUCUGUGAAGGUCUGACGGGGAAUAAAUGCAUGACCGUUAUCUGUUAUAGACAUCUGCCAAACACACACACACACACACACACACAGGCUAUAUUUACAAAGGCUUUGAUGUGCUGGAGAUGUGCAUUACUAACACACACAGCGAUGAUCAGCACUUUACAGGUGAAAGGUCACAGAGUUCAAGGGUGAAAGGUCACAGAGCCGUGAGAAUAGAUCGGAGAGUAACCCAGAUAUAGCACACACAAAUACAUCUACAUUAAUUCUGUUGAAAGUUUCAUAGGGUGUUUCACACUUGUUCAAAAGAAUCAAAUUCGCUUUAAAUGAAUCAAGUUAAUUGAUCGAGAACUGAGAAUUAAAAUGUAUGUGUGUGUGUGUGUGUAUAUACAGUAUA